CUUUUCAUUUAGACAAAACAGUCUUCGCCAAACAGGCUUCGUGGUAAGAUGCUUCGACUGUUCGCAGUGCUAAGCCUUUUGAGCAUUUCUUCAGCUCGCCCAUAUGAAACCUCACCGCAGAAUGUAGUUACUGUGCCACCUAAUUGUCCUGCAGGACAAGAAUGGAUAAACGGGGCUUGUCGUGACAUUUGGAAUAUGGCUAUGCCUGGUGCUGCACCACUAAAAGCAAUUUCUGAUUUUGAUGCACAAAACAUGAUAACCGUCCCGCCUAACUGUCCCCCGGGCCAGCAGUGGAUAAAUGGACAAUGCCGUGACGUGUGGAGAGGAGGAGAUUUAGCAGAUUCGGUGAAAUUUCAAAAAUUAAUUGGAAAUCUCUGGGCUAACCACCUACGAAAUUCUAGGCAAACGGAAGAUAUACACGAUGAGACAUUACCUGAAUUCGAAAUUGAAGAUAAUCCAAACAGAAAUAUUAUCAGCGUACCGAACCACUGUCCUGAGGGAUAUAGACCUGACGCUUUCGGCAUUUGCCGAAAACAACUUUAACAAUUUUAUUAAUUUGGCUCUUAGUAAAUAAUUUAAUCACUUAUCAGUACCUCGACAGUUUCGAGUCGUCUUGGGUGACGUCACGGACAGCUAUUCUGAUUUGCAUUACGUGUAGGGUUUAGUGGUUGGCUAUAAUAUUAAAGUUUUUAUAGAAGGAAUAGGCAAAAUUCAAAAAAAAAAGUGUUUCAGCGGUAUCUAGUAGUUCAUCCUUUAACUACUGUAGUAAUUGGAUUGGCUAUUAAUAUGAGCAAGAACUUUGUCCAGUGCGGGCGUUUUGUAGCCCUUACGUCAGAUGUCGUAGCAAAAUGUAUGAAGUGUUCUUUUUUGGUCCACCGCGAAUGCGCAAAAUUAAGUCCAUUCCAAAAAACAAGGGUUAAAAAAUAUAUUUUUUAAAUUUUUGAUUUAAUUUCGAGAUGAUGCGCAUAUUCGGUAGCGUCAUGACAAAUCCGACUUCAAUAAAACAUCUUAUAAACAAUACAAGCAUUUAGCUGCGGCUAUAUAUAAUGCGAAACGUUAUUUUUAAACAAAACAUCAACAGUAAGCUUAAAUACCCAAAGGUCCUAUGGCAAAAUUUAAAAAGUACAGUCUUGCCUAAAAAUCCGAACCAAUUGCCGGCGAAUUACGUCUCUUUCCCUCAAUUAACUUUUUAAGAGUUCAAUAAAGUAUAUGAGGACACUUUUUCUCCUACCUCAGUCUCUUGACACCGAAAUCUUUAAAAUACUUAAGCGGUUACUUUCUAAUGCUGAGGGGUAUAGAUAAAAAAACAUUAGAUAAACAUUUUUAUUUCACUACCUCAAAGUUAUGAUAGCAUUCGAUACAUUGUGAACGCGCCUAUAACUACUUCUGUUUUUCUUGAAUGACUGACACUAAUUCGUCCACUCCCCAAAAUUUCUAACCUCUCACGCCAAAGGACGUUCAUCCUAUAAGUAUUUUGUGUUGCUUAUCGAAGAUAUUAAAAAAAGUAGUGUGUGUCGGUAUAUAUUGAUUAUCAAUCAGGCUUUAAGGCUGGUCGUGGGACUGUUACAGCGCUGUUGGGUGACUGACAACAUUCUUAGGGCGUAGGAUUUAGGUAUUACCGUAUUUGCACACUGUUGGUGCUUCUUGUUUUCUCUAUGGCAUUCGACAGUAUCAAUACAGCACUUUUAUUAUUAAAGUUAUCGCACUAUGGCUUUACUGUUCUUUGUUCUUGUUGCUAAACAGAUCAUUCAUGUAAAUAUCAUAUGUAUGCAGAUGAUUUGCAACUCUACCUCAAAAAUGAAUGAAUGAAGGAAUGGUAAUUCCAAGGCAGAAAACAUUGACGCUGUACGCUUUGUUUAUGCAGACUUAGGCUGAAUAGUGGCUUGGUCAGACCGUAACUGUACUUAAUCCAUCAAAGUCGAAGUAUAUACUAUUCCGUUAUGCUAAGCGACUAUAUAAGCUUCUUUCCGGUGUUAAUAUUUAUAUUGAGGGCUGCGCCAUAGAGAGAGUCUACAAAGCUCGCAAUUUGGGAUUGCUCAUGGAUGCAGAUUUGAGAGUCGAGGAACACAUAGCAGAAGUAGUUUGCAAUGAUUUCCACACACUAAAGAUCCUCUACAAGGUCCAUCAGUAUCUUUCAGUAGAAGUGCACUCAUACCUAGUAGAGGCUUUGGUGAUGUCUAAACUAAACUACGCGGAUUGUGUUCGGUACUCGACAGCUGUGCCAUGCGAAACGUCUCAUCCAGAGAGUGCAUAAUGCAUGUGCGAGGUUUUGUUUCGACAUACCUCCUAGAACCCAUGCUGCUCCUUUCUUAAACAAUAAUCACUUGGGUUCUAGAAGGAAGUUGCAUCUUGCAGGUCUCCUCUAUGGCGGUAUUACACAAGGUAAGCCUUUGUAUUUAAUAAAUAAACUUAAUUGGGUUAGUGACGACGAAAGGAAGCUUCAAAGCAGUCGCAACCAGCUUCUCAUCCCACUUCACCGUACUGCUGCGUUUAGGCGGCUCGUUCACGUACUCCGCCACGAAAUUUUGGAAUAAUAUUCCUCCGUCAAUCAAAAACUUUAAAAGCAAGUUUUGGUUUAAUAAUAAUAAUAAUUAUUAUCUUUAUUGAAAGGUAUAAACCCAGUUAUUAUUUGGUUUAAGAACCAAAUUAAAUAAUCUUUGUUGGCCAAACAGGUGGAAUUCCAAGAACAUGUGGCGGAGUCAUCUUUUAUCAAGUGAUAGUCUGUAAACUUUAAAUUUAAUUUUAAUAUUAUAUAUAGCUGUAGUUCGUUUAAA